GGAGACUUUAAGAGAAGAUGUUGGGAGAGCUGUUCUUUACCUACUUGGCUGCUGGGGAGCUGAAUUUGGGGAUCACUUUGUCUGCUGGGUGAGGAGAAAAACAAUGAGAUGGAGAAGAAGGAAAACCCACAGCAACAAUAACAGGAAGAGCAUCUUGGAGAUGGCUUUGCACAAAGCCCGUGCAGUGAUGGCGAGAGGCAGCGGCGCACGGGCUGCGCAUCUUCAGAGAGCUUUGAGAACAGCCCCUGCACAGGAGCUGAAGAAAUCCCCAGCCACCCGUGCCUUUGAUCUCAGAUAAAGGUCAACCUGUCUGGUAGAAAGUGUGAUGGGAAAUGCUACCACAUCAGCCUUUGCUUUCUCUUCCUUACCCUGAAGUGAUUCACUGUACGUGUCAGGGUGUGCCUUCGCCACGGCACCCACGGUGUUUGGCUCUUGGGAGCAGCUUUAUUCAUCUCAAGCACCAGCUUAAGCCAGGGCUGGCAAGAUUUCAUGAGAGCUGCUGAAAAACUGCAGCACUUGUUAUUACAGCAGUGUUCUAUAGCUGUUGUUGGAUUUUGUUGGUUUGUUGGAGAGUUUUUUAAUCAUAGAAUCAUUUAGGUUGGGAAAAAACCUUGAAGGUCAUUGAGUCCAGCCAUCACCCCAGCACUGCCAAGCCACCACUAGACCAGUGCCUAAGUGCCACAUCUACACAGCUGUUAAAGCCCUGCAGGGUUGGUGACUCAGCGAGCUCCCUGGGCAGCCUGUUCCAGUGCCUUCAGUGAGGAUAUUUUUCCCGAUACCCAAUCUAAAUCUCCACUGGUGCAACCUGAGGCCAUUUCCUCUUGCCUUGUAGUAUAUAUAGGCCUAGCAGUAUGUUAAAAAAUUAGUUAUGCUUUUCUUGCCCCAACAAGCACUGAGAGUUUCUGAGACUGUUCAAGCACUGACAACUACAAAGUUCCACCUGACACAAACUCAGAGCUGCUGACACACAAAGCUCUGGGGAUCUGCAGGUUCCAGUCAGUUCUCCCGGCGCCACCUCUGCAAGAUCAUCACUGGUGGGAGAAGUACCUGACUUACACAUGCUACAGAGGUUGUGGUUUGCCAGACGGGACUUGCGGCAAGGAACAUGCGGUGAAGCCGAGCGCCCUGCACUCUGCGAUCGCAAAGGGAAAUAAGCAGCCGGAGCAGGAGCCGCGCACCCGCCGCCUCUUCCCGGAGACCUGCAUCGCAACAGCCCCGCUGCUUGCCGCAGCCUGCAGCCGCCUGAGGCUCGAUCCAGACACUCCGCUUUGAAGGAAGGACUGGAUUUGCCCCCUGUCGCCUCCGGACCGGGAGAGCUGCGGCCGAAGGAGAGCGCCGCUUCCCCGGGCGGCCCGGGCCGCUGCAUGCUGUCCCCCGGGAGAGGGGAGCUGCGGUGGGCAGCAGAGCGGGGCUUUUCUCCGCUGGCCCAGUAGGACGUGGAGAUCGGCGAGGGAGGGCUCUGCGGGGACGAGGAGCGCAGCCCGCCGGCCUUCCCCUCUCCCGGGGGCCGGGAGAGCGAGGAGCCCGGGGCCCCGCCGCCCCCCGCCCGCUGGAUUUGCCGUUCCCGGUGGCUCCCUGCAUAUCUGAUUUCAGAUGCAUGCCAGGUUCCCGCUGAAUGCCAGCAGCAGAGGUCACUACAGAUGGAGCCCCAAAGUCAGCAUGGCAGCGGUGGCUCCCUGGUGGUGAUUCAGCAGCCCUCCCUGGACAGCCGGCAGCGCUUGGACUAUGACAGGGACAGCCAGCCCGCCACCAUCUUGUCACUGGACCAGAUCAAGGCCAUCAGGGGCAGCAACGAAUACACCGAGGGGCCGUCGGUGGUGAAAAAAUCGGGUCCGCGGACGGCGCCGAGGCAGGAGAAGCACGAGAGGACUCACGAGAUUAUACCGAUUAAUGUGAAUAAUAACUACGAACACCGGCCCGGCCACGCGGGGCACGUGGCGCAUCAGCACAACGCCAGGGCUCCCGUCCUGAGCCGAUCGACCAGCACGGGCAGCGCGGCCAGCUCCGGCAGCAACAGCAGCGCCUCCUCGGAGCAAGGGCUGCUGGGGCGCUCGCCGCCCUCCCGGCCGGGCUCCGGCCACAGGUCCGACCGGACGGUCCGGGCGCAGCCCAAGCAGUCGGCCCUGAUCGCGGACGACCUGAAGGGCCCUUUGAAAGAGGACCUGACGCAGCACAAGUUCAUCUGCGAACGGUGCGGGAAGUGCAAGUGCGGGGAGUGCACGGCGCCGCGGGCCCUGCCCUCCUGCCUGGCCUGCAACCGGCAGUGCCUGUGCUCGGCCGAGAGCAUGGUGGAGUACGGCACCUGCAUGUGCCUGGUCAAAGGGAUCUUCUACCACUGCUCCAACGACGAUGAAGGGGACUCGUACGCGGAUAAUCCCUGCUCCUGCUCCCAGGCACACUGCUGUUCUAGGUACCUGUGCAUGGGAGCCAUGUCCUUGUUCCUGCCUUGCUUGCUCUGCUACCCUCCGGCCAAAGGAUGCCUAAAACUCUGCCGGGGGUGCUACGACCGCGUCAAUCGUCCGGGGUGCCGGUGCAAGAACUCCAACACGGUCUAUUGUAAACUGGAGAGCUGCCCCUCCCGGGGUCAGGGCAAGCCCUCAUGAUUUUGGGAGGGAGGUUGACUUCUUCCAACUUCAGUUUUUCAGGUUGUAGCUGAGUUUUUUGUUGUUUUUCUUCUCCCCCCAUCUUCUUCCUCCCUCCUCUCCCAUUCUGGGAGGACUGUUCCUUUCUGUCUGCCCAACUUCAGACACGCGAGUUCUUCCCCUUGCAUCUUUACUCUCCUCCUCCUCCUACUGACUUGGCUCGAGUGUGGAGCGUUCCAUGCAGUCGCUGCUGCUCUUUGGUAAGUGUGGACCUGGGAUCUGCACCUGCCGCUCACUCAGGCAGGGUCUUUGAGUUUGUAACUGAACCACUCCUGAAAGAGACAGUGAGGGCUCACUGGGCUCUUGAAGCUUCUUGCUCUGUGAAUAUCUUCCCAAAGAUGUUUUUUUUUGGUUUUUUUUUUUGGUUUUUUUUUUUUUUGUUCUCAGCAAGUUAUGUGGUUUUUUUUCUCCUUAACCUCCUGGGUGCCAAGGAAGAAUAACUUUCCUGAGUGAGCUGGAUUGUGAAAUAACUUUUUGUGGGUGUUCUUUCUGGAGAGGGAUGUAAAAUAAAGGCUUCACCAAAUGAAAGGCCUGACUCUUCUAUAAGCAGCCUGCUUCUUUUUGCAUCUUUCCCCCCCCUGCCCACCCCCUCUCUUUUUGUCUUAACUUUUGGAACAUUCUCAGACUUGAGAAUUUCCCUGCCUUUUUUUUUUUUUUUUUUUUACAUUUUCAAUGUAAUUUCAGGUUUUGCUACACUAUGUAGAUCUUCACAUUGGAGACAUUGUGGCUGCAACAUACUUAUUUGUUUCUUUUGCUGUCCAGUCUUUGAAGGAUAUUGCUCACUCCACCCUCCUAAUCCCAUUUUUAUAGCCUGUCAGUAUCAGUUGAUAUUAAAGUUGGUGGUGUUCAUAUAUCCAAACAGCCUUCAGGUGUCAUUGAGUCACCUAAAUGUCCUUGAAUCCUUCGAGUCUCUUGUGAUCCUUUGGCUUAGUGAGUUUAGCUCUGCUCUUUACUUUAUAAUUUUAUCCUGUCCCUGUUUUAUUGCCUUAGCCACAAAUUGUGGUCAUUUUUUGUAUAUUUUAUGUAUAAAACACAAAGUUGAAUCCCAACUAUUUUUAAGACAAAAGUCUGUUAAAACUUUUUUUAUUGUAAAGAAUAUUUAUUAUGUGAAUCUCUAUUAUUUUAUGAUAUUUAUUGCAAAAGACUUCGAAAAUGUACUCAUGUCUGAAUAUAACAAAAUAUCAAUACUUAACGAAAUAAGGAUGACACGAAGAAAGUCCAUAUGUUAACUAUAAUGCAGAAAAUAUAUUAAUUAAUGAAAAUGCCUCUGGAGUUCUUUUGUUACAAUGACAGGCUGUGAGCCACGUGUGUGUAUUGCUGGGCUGUUCCUCCUUCAGGUCUGUCAGGUGGCAAAUAACCUCCUAUUGAUACUUCAAAGCCACUAGUCUGUGCUCUAGUUUAGUUUACCUAAUUUUAAGUUUAAGCCAACAAUAUAUCAAAUAAGGGAUGUUUAAUACAAUUGAAUCUGUGUUGUGCUUAACAGUGCCAAGAAACGGAGGCUCUAUUUAUUUACCAAAGCAUUUGGAAAUACGGUUGUGGAGGAGGAAACCACAACUUCCAAGUUGGUUUCUUGGGGUUUUUUUUUUCCUUAAAGAAUGCCACAUUAACAUGCAAAGCCAUUUAAAAUUUUCCUAUAUAGAACUUCCUGGCUGGUUAAAUUGUGCAGCAGCUGAAGAAAUUAAUCUCCCCAGCUUGAUUCUAAAUAAAAAGCGUGGAGGCAGGAUGAAAAACAGUGAUUGUGUUGCUGCAGUUUGAUAGCUUUGAAAUCUGGGAAUGUGUGCGUGUGUGUGUGUUUGGGCCUAUGUCUAUGACUUAUUUGAUUCUUUUCCCAUAGGUUUUCCAAUGU